UUUCAAUGUUUUGAUUCUGAACCAUAGGAUUUAUCAAUUAAAAACAUUCAAAUAUAGACGAUGUGCUACGUUAUAAUUACUGGCUGUAGUCUGAUUUGGUUCAUAUUGAGCCUCAUAACGGAUAUGUUUAUAGUAUCAGCCAUAGUAACACCAAAAUGGCUUAUAGGACCAGAAAUAAUCUAUGGUGGACACAAAUUACCAAAUCAAACGUUUGUAAUAUCAACUAUGCAAGCAAAAUUCCAGUCUGUGGGCAUCUAUACGCGCUGCAAGUCAAUGCAUGAUUAUGGAUAUCAUUGCGGUCCAUUCGAUUUGGAUGGUUUUGCAACUGAUGGCAAUGUUUAUCCGACUGAAUGGAAGAUAGCUAUGUUUUUCAUAUCGUUUGGAUUUGCGGUAUUCUCUUUGACAGUGUUUUUGACACUUUUAACUUGUUGCAGGCAAUCAGCUUUUGGUAAGAGCAUACACAACAUGACCGCAUGUUUACAAGUAAUUUCAGGUAUAUCAGUGAUGUUGACAUUGUUUCUGCAUCCACUUGGUUGGGGAGCGAGACGUGUGCAAAUGUUAUGUGGUGUUGACGCGGAACCAUUUUAUCCAGCUAAUUGCACUAUUGGUAUAUCGUUCUACUGUGCGGUGUCCGGAGUAAUUUUGGCAUUUAUUUGUGCAGGCAUUAGUCUUAAGGCAGAAAAUUCGAAUAUGCGUUCACGCGUGAAAAGAAGAGUCGAGGGCGGUGAACGUUUAGUGUGUAUUCCAUAAAGAAACAAAUCAGAAUAGUAUUUUAAAAUUAUAUUUAUUUUAAAUAUAUAAGCAAAUAGAAUUUAGAUAACGUAACAAUUUUAAU